AGAAUUAGUUGGAACAUCUAUUAAUUGUCUUCCAUGAUGCUGGCAGCUGCGCAAAGAGAUGAAAGAGACAUAAUGAAUGAGAAGGCCGACAGUAUUCUGCAUGGCUUCAAAUUAAAUUGGAUGAAUUUGCGGGAUGCGGAAAGUGGUCGAGUUUUGUGGCAAAGCACUGAAGAUAUGGCCGACCCGAACCGUGUACACGAAGCUCAUGUCCCCAAAAGCAUAUUGAAAUGCCGCACAGUCUCCCGAGAGAUCAACUUCACAUCCGCUCAGAAGAUUGACAAAUUUCGGCUGGAGCAGCGAGUAUUUCUGAAGGAAAACAUCAUAGAAGAGUGGUUUUUCGAAUUCGGUUUCGUCAUCCCGGAUUCCACGAAUACAUGGCAAACACUAAUCGAAGCAGCACCUGAAUCACAAAUGUUGCCGGCAUCCUUGCUCAGUGGCAAUGUGGUGGUCGAAACGCUUUUCUACGAUGAUGAUCUCCUUGUCAGCACUUCGAAAGUUCGCCUUUUUUAUGAAUGACGAAAACUGCUGCAACACUACAUUUCUUGCAAUCAUUAUUUCUAUGUCAUCGUAUCAAGCCUGUGGCGCAUUGAUAAGGGUGAAGGUCAAAGUGUUC